UGUUAGUUCAGACUGUUCAGUUUUACUGUGAUAUUGCGACUGAUGCAACCGACGUUUAAAAAAUGGGUAUAGUUUUAACAUGACGUAUGGGUAGAAAAGAGUUUGGUAUAUAGACGGGAUGUUCUGUAAAAGAUUUAGUCCUGUGACAGGAAAGGACGAAUGGUGUUUGAUGGAAGAAAAUUAUGACGAUAGGCGCGAAAUAUUGAGAUCUCUAUUUGGUGAUAUGCUUCAUGAUAAAGAAAGGAAUAAGCAGUACUACAGAGCAAUAAAUAAGGAAGUAAAAAGAUUUUUAAAUGAAGGGAAAAAUCCUCAUUGCUUGGAUAUUGGAACUGGCACUGGUCUGUUGUCUAUGAUGGCAGCAAAAUCAGGAAUAAAGACAAUAUUUGCUUGUGAGGCAUUCCUGCCAAUGGCUACAGUGGCAAAAGAGAUCACCAAAGAGAAUGGUUUUAAUGAUUCAAUCACUGUUAUACCAAAAAGCUCUCUAAAUACAUCGAUUCCUGAAGAUAUGCCCGAGAGAGCUGAAUUUGUAGUCAUGGAGUUGUUUGAUACGGAACUUAUUGGCGAAGGAUUGUUACCUUCAAUGAGACAUGCUUACAAACACCUUUUAGAGAAAAAUGCUACCGUUGUUCCUGCCGCUGCAACCGUUUAUGUUCAGCUCUUCGAGUCUGAAACAUUAUGGGAGAUGCAUCAAUUAUUACCCUCUAUAUGUGAUGAUGAGGGGUUAUCAUUAAAGAUCCCGGAAUCUAUCAAGAACUGCAAGGGGGCGCCUUCUGUAUACGAUGUACAGGCUGAUGAAAUACCUUUGAAAGAUUUUAAAGCACUGUCUAAAGCACUGCCUGUUUUAAGGUUCCUAUUUUGUGAACUGGAUGAAGGCAACGAUGAUGUAAUGACCGAAAGGGUUAUGACAGAUCGCGAGGACAACGAAAUAUUGAGUUACCUAAAUAAUGACAGCCCUGUCGAGCGUCACGGCACUGUGCAUGUCAUUCUCAUGUGGUGGGAUUUACAAAUGGAUAAGGACGGGGAGAUUAUUUUGAGUAUGGCGCCAAAAUGGAUGGACCAAGGAAAAGCAAAAAGAAAUGAGUGGCGUGAUCACUGGAUGCAGGGGGUAUAUUUCAUUGACAAACCCCUACAAGUUUCAAAAGGAGAGCGGUUGUCUAUUCAAACAACUCAUGAUGAUUACGCUUUUUGGUUUGACGUUCAUCCCGAGAAAAAAGCAAACGGAACAAGCACUUUGAAGAAAAGAAAUCCCGUUUGUACGUGUGGUGCUCAUACAGUUUGGAGCAGACCUAGAUUUUCCAUGGUCAAUCAUCACAAGAGAAGAAAGCAAUUCUAUACACUCUUCAAAAAGCUCGUCAAAAAUGGCGCAUCCGUUGCUCUUGUGAUCAGCGACGGAUCGUUGCUCAGUGUACUAGGAGUCAUGGCCGGUUUCAAAAAGGUUUACGUCUUGGAACCCGAAGUAGCGACCAGACGUGUCAUUCAACAGAUAGUGACUGCAAAUGGCUUCACGGACAGGAUUGUUCUGCUAUCAAAAACCGCAGACCAGUUGACGAAAAUGGAUAUUCAGGACGAAGUCGAUGUUAUUCUGGGUGAACCGUUUUUCAUCUCCAGUUUGGUGCCCUGGCACGACUUGUAUUUCUGGUACGCUUCAAGAAGCGUUAUGUCAAAUCUCUGUGACCACAAAAUAAAAGUAAACCCGGGAUCCGCAUGUUUAAAAGCAGUCGCCGUUGAACUAGACGAUUUGUGGAAGAUCAGAGCACCUUUAGGAAGUGUCGAAGGAUUUAAUGUUCAAGCUUUUGAUAAACUUAUCGAGAGUUGUCGUGUGGAAAGCGAAGAAAAUGAGGCUGAACCUCAUAGCAUGUGGGAGUACCCUUGUCGUGCUUUGAGCGACGUUUUCGACGUUUUACAUUUUGACUUUACAAGUCAAAUACCUGACGAGAAACAGGAGGUUAACGGCACUAUAGAAUUCACUAGGAAAGGAUGCUGCAAUGCUGUUAUUUUCUGGGUGGAUUACAUGUUUGACGAAAAUAUUUGCAUGUCAACAGGAUUGACAAAGGAAAUGGAAACAUCGAACGAUGGACACAUUAAGAAUUGGGUCAAGUUUUGCAAACAAGGCGUUUACUUCAUACAUAAACCAUAUGACGUCAGAACAACGAGUGCAAUUACUACAUUGAAAUACACUGUAACAUUUAAACCAAACGAUGGUUCCUUAACUAUGCAAUGUUGCGUUGCAGAAAGCUUCUGACAUAAUUUAAAGUAUAAUAUUGUUCAAAUCAAACACUUAUGUGUAGGCAUUCAGUUUGCAUAGACAUAUAUCGGUUAUACGGUUGAAUAAUACAAAUGAAUGUUGUGCAAAAUA